CUCCCUAUACCCCAAGUCCGCAUCUCUAUUAAUUAUCCUCCGUCGAAAUGGGUGUCCAAAAGAAAACCCGCAAGUUCGCCCAGGUCAAACGGGCGAUCAAAAAGCACGAUGACCGCGCCAAGAAAGACAACAACGCCCCAAAGCAAGACAAGGCCAAGGGCGACGAGGUCGUCCGGGCGAUUCCCCAAGCUCCGUCGAAUAUGUUCUUCGCCGCCAACACGGCCCUCGGACCCCCCUACCAUGUGCUGGUGGAUACCAACUUUGUGUCGCACUCUAUUCGCGCGAAGACGGAUAUGCUGAAAUCUAUGAUGGACCUGCUAUAUGCGAAGUGUAUCCCGACGUUUACGGAUUGUACGAUUGCGGAAUUAGAGAAGUUGGGCGAUAAGUUCCGGUUGGCGCUGAGGGUGGCUAAGGAUCCGAGAUGGGCGCGCGUGCGGUGUGAUCACCCCGGUACAUAUGCGGAUGACUGUUUAGUUGAUCGGAUCACAAAACACAGAAUCUACAUCGUGGCGACGAACGAUAAGGACCUCGUUCGCCGGAUUCGCAAGAUUCCCGGUGUGCCGAUUAUGAAGGUCGCAAGAGCGAAAUACGUGAUUGAGAGGCUGCCUGACCACUUUGACGCCGGGGUAAUCGGCCUCACAACAGCUCUCCGUAUCCAAGAAACGCUCAAUCGCAACCAAUCCAUCCACCUCAUUGCGCGCGACUUCCCCAACACCACGUCCCUAAACUACGCCUCCCCAUGGGCAGGCGCACACUACCGACCGGUACCUGGUUCCACGCCGCAGGCCGUCCGCGAAGAAACCCAAGCCAAAGAAACCUACCGCUACCUCAAACAGCUGGCCUCAAGCGACGUCUCCUCGGGCGUAGCAGUGGUAGAAGGGAUCGAGCACCUCGAGAACCCGCCGGCAGAAUAUCUGGACGAACAGAGCGUCCGAGAAAGCUACGGCCAUCUGGACGGGUUCCGGCGCCUGGGGAGAGACGAAUGUCCCGCGGGUGUGAGAUGGGGCGUUCGAUACGAUACGGUCGCGAUUAACUCGCCGGUAUAC